CAGCCUUAGCGUUCGAUUACCUCCCGCUACGACUGCGGGGGUGUAUUAGCCUAUGUAUCUGUGAUGAUGUAUUUAAUAUCAUUGUAUAGUCGUUUCCUAGGUACUCUGUAUAUAUAUGGUACGCUAAGCUAAUGAAAGGUCACAUAUCAUAUUCCUUCAAUCAUGCUUACCUUAUUUCCCUCCAACCAAAAACAACUUCGUUUUAGUGAUCCCUACAACUCUACAAGUAAAAAAAAUUUAUUAUCAAGGAAAUUAACUUUCAACCAAACAAAACCUAAGAUUAGUAAAUUUUUAUAAGUUCAUUUAAAUUCAAAAAAAAAAAAAAAAAAACUCAGGUGAAUAAUAUACAUUGUUAACAUAAGGUUCUCCUAGACCCCUAGUACCAUGACUAGCAUCAACAAAUAUUGUACUUAGUAGACUAAACAAAAUCAAGAAAGUUAAACAGAGAAAAAAUGACAAAUGGCAAAAUUCAACCCCUUGAAUUUAAAGUUCCAAGCUUUAUUGUUCUUGCUAAAAAAGAGUAGAUAAACAAAUCAAUCAACCACCCUUAAAAUUAAACCAUAAUCAAUUUCUCCAUGUUCAUCUCUUAACCCAACUCAUGCUAUCAUCAAUUCUUCGUAAACUACCCUCACAAUUCAACCUACACAUACCAAUACCAUUUAUACCAAUACCCAUUAAACAAAAUCCAUCAUCAACUUUCUCUCUCUUAAUGGAUUCCCACUCCCCCAUUUCAUCUUCUCUAAGACUCUCCGCCUUAGCACAGCAGCUCCGCCUCUACAAACCCCCGUCACCAAUCGAUGACGAUGAUGCAGCGGACAUCGAAGAAGUGAGUGGCAAGGUUGUUGCACAAGUUGGAUUUGCUCAAUCUACCAACCCAAUUGGUCAGGAUUUGGAGAAGGUCAGAGAAUUUAAGGAAGAUGAUCAACAACCAUUUAAGCCUAAAAGAGCUGCUGUUCUUGUUUGUCUUUUUGAAGGGGUUGAUGGGGAUCUUCGUGUUAUUCUUACCAAACGAUCUUCUCGCCUUUCUACUCACUCUGGGGAAGUGGCAUUGCCUGGAGGAAAAGCUGAGGAGGGUGACAAGGAUGAUAGGGAUACCGCAACGAGGGAGGCAAAGGAGGAAAUUGGUUUAGAUCCAUCGCUGGUGAAUGUUGUGACCACUCUCGAGCCAUUUUUGUCUAAGCAUCUCUUGAAGGUGGUACCAGUUAUAGGGAUACUGUCCAAUAAAGAUGCAUUCAAGGCAGAUCCAAAUGCUGCUGAGGUAGAAACAGUAUUUGAUGCUCCCUUGGAAAUGUUCAUCAAGGAUGAUAAUCGCAGAGCAGAGGAAAGAGAAUGGAUGGGAUACAAAUAUUUGAUUCAUUUUUUUGAUCAUAAAACAGACAACAAUAAGUAUGUGAUAUGGGGCCUAACUGCUGCAAUUUUGAUUCGAGCUGCAUCAGUUGUUUAUCAAAGACCACCGCCAUUUCUGGAGCAGAAUCCCAAAUUUAAGAAAAUGAUGCCCAACCUGGCUGACUAUUCUGUCAAAGGAUUUUCGAGAUUUUAGGGGUCAGCACGUCUGUGACACGUGCAUUCAAGAAAAUUUUUCAGGUCAGUAUGAAUUCAAUCUCUGAAUCUAUCAGACUUCAGUAUCUUGAACUAAUUUAGCAGUGUCUUGUUUCUAAUUCACUUCUAAGGUGAGUAAUAGUCUAACAUGACUGACAUAUCAAGGAUUACGAAAAUUGAAAUACUACCUGCGAUUUUUAUUAUUUGCAACUUUGGAACAUUUUAUACCUCACAAAUAAUACCCCAAAGUUGCAAAUAAUAAAAAUCGGAGGUAGUAGAGGUUAGUUUGUACAGAGUAUUUUGGUGUUGUAAGGGAAAUGGAUGGUUUUUUCAAGUUGAUUAUUUUCCUUGUUACCUUUAGAUGUCAUUGAAUAAUUUACAGUAAGUUGUGCCUCCACUGGAACUUACUUCCCUCACUUUAUUCUCUGAAAGCAUUGAUCUUUUACCAAACAGAGCUAUUUCCCCCUGCCGAGUUCAUGAUUUUUGCUAAAUCUACAUUUCACAUAGUUUGUGGUGUUUUUUAUGUAAUGUUGCUGAUUGGUAUAAUUGUUUCUAGUUCCAGAAUAAAGGAUGUGAAAGUGAGAUGUAAAUUAGCUGUGAAACAAGUGAUACUAUUAGGUAUAUUGAUCCUAAUAGUAUAUGUAGACGAAUUGUGGCUCGUUGUAGAAAAAGGUGGCAGGCUACUUGGGGACUCAACAUGGUGUACAAGUAAAGUUGAUCUCGUACACUACAUCGUGGAGAUCCCCAUGCCUGCAAAUGGCUACUGAGCUGUGAUUUCCAGACAUUAUUAGUUUUAGCUUAUGGAUUGUUAUAGGCAUUGAUUUGUUGAAUAGAGUUGAUUGCUUCAUUUGCACAAGCAUUCUAAGAGCAACAUCAAUUUUGCGCGAUUAUUAAAGGAGCAGUUAUCCUUCAAGCUGAUGGAGUAACAAUCUGCAUAGUUAGAGGAGAUCCUGAACCCUGAUAUCCCUGCUUUGUAACAGAAAUAUCAGCUGAUUUAAAAAACUGUUGAAGUGGAAGUAAAAAUGAUUUCCUGGGAAAUUAUUUUUCA